AUGCAAGCCGUUCUCUCAUCAGAUUUUUCAAUUGGACAAUUUCGAUAUCUAGAAAGGUUGCUUCUCGUGCAUGGAAGACAGUCAUAUCUUCGAAUGUGCAAAUUUCUUCGAUAUUUUUUCUACAAGAAUUUUGCUUAUACACUUACUAAUUUUUGGUAUUCUUUCUUUUCCGGAUAUUCUGCUCAGACUGUCUAUGAUCCUGUGCUCAUUUCCCUCUAUAAUCUUCUCUUUACGGCUAUGCCUGUUUUGGCUAUGGGUAUUCUAGAUCAAGACGUAAAUGAUGAAUACAGCCUUAGAUUUCCACGUCUUUACAUUCCUGGCCAAUUCAACCUAUUUUUUAAUAUGCGAAUAUUUAUUUAUUCUGUGAUACAUGGAAUGAUAAGUUCACUUGUCCUUUUCUUCGUCCCAUAUGGAACCCUUUACAACGCUGUCAGUUUUACUGGACGUGAUAUGAAUGACUACUCAAUUUUGGCUUUUACAUCCUUCACAGCUUUAGUUUUGGUAGUUAAUGGGCAAAUUGCUUUUGAUACUUCUUAUUGGACUUGGAUUAAUUGGUUUGUUGUUCUCGGUUCUGUGGCUGUUUAUUUUGGUGUUGUUGUUACAAUAUAUCAGGUUCUCCCAACACGCUGGCUUUAUGGUUAUGUUAGCUUUAUCAAUGUGGAUGUUUUUGCUAGAGCUGUCGCCUUUCCAGGAUUUUGGCUUUCUUUAGCUUUAAUUUGUGCAAUUUUGCUUCUACCAACACUUGGAAACAGAUUUUUCUGGUUUGACGCCCACCCCUCCUAUGCUGACAGGCUUAGAGUAAGGCAUCGUUUAUAUGGAGAGGAAAAAACUGCAAAGCCUUCAACACCUGCAGCACCUCAACAUGCUUUACCCCCUAGAGGGAGAACUUCUAGAUGGAGUUCUAAACAACGGGAUUUACGUUCUGGCUAUGCUUUUUCGCAUUGUGCCGGUUUUGGGGAAUUAAUAGCAAAGGGAACACUUUUCAAAAAUUUGGAGAAUCUACGCAUUCCGUCAUUGUAA